AGGUUUCACACUGUGUGCUGCUGGAGUCAAUGGAUACGGGCAGGAAACACGCCAACUUAAAUUAGCUCCACUCUUUAAUUCAGCGUUUGCGGGGAUUUUAAUCGCUUUCUUUUAAGAGUUUCUGCAGUUUAGGGACGAGAAUCGACCUGUUUAACUCUGUUAAGAGUUAGGGGCAUCAGGAAUUCUCGGUUUUAUCAGAGAGAAGCUGAUAAAAACUGUAAAUAUUAGUGCUGGGAAAAGGAAGACACCUGCCGCCGCCGCGGAGAGGAGAAGGAGGAGGAGGAGGCAAGGGUCAGCCGUGAGUUCCGAGUCCAAAAGUACAAAGUUGGGGAUUUUAACCGCUUCCAGGACGUGAGACACUGGAUGGCGACGGGAUAUGCUUCACCUGGAGUAUAAAACUUCAUGGAAAUCUUAUUAAUUCCUUCGUUUUCGAGCCGGAAACGCUAGCUAAUGGUGUAGUUUCUGUGCUGUGGGAUCAUGUCAGUGAACGAGCUGUACAGUAAGUACACUCGGGUUUGGAUCCCCGACCCAGAGGAGGUGUGGAAGCCCGCUGAGAUUAUCAAAGACUACAAAGAGGGAGAUCCUAUCCUGCACCUCAAACUAGAAGAUGAAUCGACAUUGGAAUAUGCAAUUGGUCCCAAAGACAAUCAACUCCCCUUUCUUCGGAAUCCUGAUAUUCUGGUGGGAGAAAAUGACCUCACGGCACUCAGCUAUCUGCAUGAACCUGCCGUGCUACACAACCUCAAGGUCCGCUUCCUGGAGUCCAACCACAUUUACACAUACUGUGGAAUUGUCCUGGUGGCAAUUAAUCCAUAUGAGCAGCUGCAGAUCUAUGGAGAAGAGGUCAUCAACGCCUACAGCGGCCAGAAUAUGGGGGACAUGAACCCUCAUAUAUUUGCUGUGGCAGAAGAGGCAUAUAAACAGAUGGCCAGAGAUGAGAAGAAUCAGUCGAUCAUUGUGAGCGGAGAGUCGGGAGCCGGAAAGACCGUCAGCGCUAAAUACGCCAUGCGCUACUUCGCCACUGUAGGAGGAUCAGCUAACGACACAAACGUAGAGGAGAAAGUUCUGGCUUCCAGUCCUAUUAUGGAGGCUAUCGGGAAUGCAAAGACCACGCGUAACGACAACAGCAGCCGCUUUGGGAAAUACAUCCAAAUCGGUUUUGACAGGAGGUUUCACAUCAUUGGUGCCAACAUGAGAACGUAUUUGCUGGAGAAGUCCAGAGUAGUAUUUCAGGCUGAGGACGAGAGGAACUACCACAUCUUCUACCAGCUCUGUGCUUCAGCCUGCCUACCGGAGUUCAAAGAUCUAGCUCUGACCAGUGCAGAAGACUUCACCUACACCUCUUUUGGCGAGAACAUCUUCAUUGAGGGGGUAAAUGAUGCUGAGGACUUGGAGAAGACCAGAGAAGCACUUUCUCUGCUGGGUGUUAAAGAGAGCCAUCAGAUGAGCAUCUUUAAAAUAAUUGCUUCCAUCCUGCAUCUUGGAAAUGUAGAAAUUGUCUCUGAGAGGGAUGGAGAGUCCUGCCAUAUCAACAGAGAUGACUCCCACCUGCAUCAUUUCUGCCAAUUGCUGGGGGUGGAGCUGGAGCAGAUGGAGCACUGGCUCUGCCACAGAAAGUUGGUCACCACGUCCGAGACCUACGUGAAGAACAUGUCCUGUGCCCAGGCGACGAAUGCCCGCGACGCUCUGGCCAAACACAUUUACGCCCAUCUCUUUGACUGGAUCGUGGAGCACGUCAAUAAAGCUUUACACACCUCCUCCAAACAGCAUUCCUUUAUAGGAGUGCUGGACAUUUACGGAUUUGAAACGUUUGAGAUUAACAGCUUCGAGCAGUUCUGCAUCAACUACGCCAACGAGAAACUUCAGCAGCAGUUUAACUCUCAUGUUUUCAAACUCGAGCAGGAGGAGUACAUGAAGGAGCAGAUCCCGUGGACACUCAUAGACUUUUAUGAUAAUCAGCCUUGCAUUGACCUCAUCGAGGCCAAGCUCGGGAUCCUGGAUCUGCUGGAUGAAGAGUGCAAGGUACCUAAAGGGACAGAUCAGAACUGGACUCAGAAGCUUUACAGCCAGCACCUGAAGAGUGAUCACUUUGAGAAGCCAAGGAUGUCCAAUACCUCCUUCAUAGUGGUCCACUUUGCAGAUAAGGUUGAGUAUCAGUGUGAUGGCUUCCUGGAAAAGAACAGAGACACUGUUUAUGAAGAGCAGAUCAACAUCUUGAAGGCCAGCAAGUUCCAGCUGGUAGCAGAUCUCUUCCAGGAGGGUAAAGAGGGUCCAGCUCCACCUCCAUCUGGAAAAAGCUCCAGGAUCAACGUCCGUCCUGCUAAACCUGCGAUCAAAGGCCACAACCGUGAACACCGCAAAACUGUAGGCCACCAGUUUCGGAAUUCCUUGCAUCUUUUGAUGGAGACCCUCAACGCUACCACCCCUCAUUACGUGCGCUGCAUUAAACCCAAUGACAGCAAAGAGGCCUUUGUAUUUGAUUCCAGAAGAGCCGUCCAGCAACUGCGAGCAUGUGGAGUUUUGGAGACCAUCCGCAUCAGCGCUGCAGGAUAUCCAUCCAGGUGGACAUACUUGGAUUUCUAUAGCAGAUAUCGGGUGCUCAUGACCAAGAAAGACAUGACUGUAGGUGAUAAGAAGCAAGUGUGCAGAAACCUGCUGGAGUCCUUGAUUAAGGAUCCAGAUAAGUUCCAGUUUGGGAAGACGAAGAUCUUCUUCAGAGCGGGACAGGUAGCAUACCUGGAGAAGCUGAGGGCAGACAAGUUCCGCUUCGCUUGUAUUAAGAUCCAGAAAACGGUGCGAGGAUGGCUGCAAAGGAGGCGCUACCUCAAAAUCCGCAAGUCUGCCAUCACGCUGCAGAGAUACGGACGUGGUUACUUGGCACGCAAACAUGCGGAGUACCUGCGUCUCACUAAAGCAGCCCUCAUCUGUCAGAAGCAGUACCGCAUGGUGCAAGUGCGACGUGCGUACCUCACUAUUCGCCAGGCUGUGAUCACCAUCCAGGCCUUCACCCGGGGGAUGUUCACACGGAGGCUUUAUCAGGAGUUCCUGCUCCACCACAAAGCAAUCAUCAUCCAAAGAACAGUACGGGGAUGGCUGGACAGGAAGAAGUUCCUCCGGGCCCGCAAUGCGGCAAUCGUGAUCCAGUGUGCCUACCGCCGCGUCCUCGCCAAACGCCAGCUCAAACAGCUGAAGAUCGAGGCCCGCUCCGUCAAACGCAUCAAAGAACUCAACAUUGGCAUGGAGAAUAAGAUUGUGCAGCUUCAGAGAAAGAUGGAUGACCAGUCUAAAGAGUAUAAGAAUCAGAACGAGCAGCUCUCUGUCACCAACACUGCUUUGGGCACAGAGGUCAACAAGCUGCAAAAAGAGCUGGAGACCCUUCGCAGCCGCCAGGGAGACAACACUCAGCUGACCUCCAUGCAGGAGGAGCUUGAGAAGCUGAGGGCGGCUCUUCAGGAAUCCCACGCCCAGAGGAAGAGGCUAGAAGAGGAGUACAGCAGUGAGAAGCUUGGGCUGGAGCAGAGAGUGGAGGAGUUGGAGAAAGAGAACUCCAUGCUAAAGACGGAGAAAGAGGAAAUGAAUCAGAAAAUCCGCCGAUCCACAAGCUCUGGAGGCCAGGAGGGCAGCGCUUCUCAAAAGGAAGCUCGUCUGCAGGCUGAGCUCGAUGAAGAGAGACUACGCUAUCAGAACCUGCUGAAGGAGUUUUCCAGGCUGGAGCAGAGAUAUGACAACCUUCAGGAGGAGGCCAAUUACGCCAAGUUUGCUCCAGGCCAUCGGAGGAAUCCUUCCAACCAGAGCAGUAUCGGCUCUGAGUCCCCCUUCCCCUCCAUUGCCAUGUCUGACGUGAGCGAGACUGAUGGGGUCAUCCAGCAGAUAGACGAUAUGGGCCCAGAGAACGCUGCCAUGGAUCUCAGCGUCUUCAUGAAGCUGCAAAAGCGAGUUCGAGACCUGGAGCAGGAGAGGAAAAGGCUUCAGACCAACCUGGAGAAGAUGGAGGAGCUGAGCCAGCACAAAGCGAUUGAUCCAAAGAACUCCACGUCAGAGGUGGACGGGAACACAGAUCUGGCCUACAACAGUCUCAAGAGGCAGGAGCUCGAGUCUGAGAACAAGAAGCUAAAGAAUGAUCUUAAUGAACUUCGGAAAGCCUUGGUCGACCGGGCCUCUGAGAGCUGCUCGUCCAAUGAACUGCAAGACAGCUACAAUCUACUGCUCAGCCAACUUAAAGCAGCCAAUGAAGAGCUGGAUGUGCGCAAGGAGGAGGUGCUUAUGCUGAAAACUCAGAUCGUCAGCUCCUCAAAAGCAACACCAGACAACACCAAUCACAUUAACUCCAACAAUGUCUCGGAAUGGCCCAACAACAAAAUGCCUAUAGACAAGGAAGAAGCUCUGCAGGCAUACCAGGCACUCAGUGAAGCAAAGAGUAAAUCACAGGACUGGGGUUAUUUGAAUGAAGAUGGGGAGCUUGGCCUGGCCUAUCAGGGGCUAAAGCAAGUUGCCAGGCUGCUGGAGACACAGCUCCAGUCCCAGUCUCGGAAACACCAGGAUGAACUGGAGGCUCUACACACCCAGAUCGAGGUACUGAAGGAGGACCUGGAGAAGAAGCAGGAGACUCUGAAUCACUUCAGCACUUUACCUCCAGAGGCUCUAGUGGAGUUCAGCGUGCAGCAGGAGAUCACUCGCCUCACCAAUGAGAACCUGGAUCUCAAGGAGGUCAUGGAGAAGCUGGAAAAGAAUGAGAGGAAACUAAAGAAGCAGCUGAGGAUUUACAUCAAGAAGGUUCAGGAGCUUGAAGUGUCCCAGGCUGUAGCCGCGCAGAGUAGCAGGGCCAGACCUGAGCUAACCCGGCAGGUCACAGUGCAGAGGAAGGAUAAGGACUUUGAGGGCAUGCUGGAGUACAUCAAAGAGGACGAGGCCCUGCUGAUCAGAACUCUUGUUACUGACAUGAAGCCCCAUGUUGUGUCAGCCACGGUCCCCUGUCUCCCAGCCUACAUCCUGUUCAUGUGCAUCCGUCAUGCUGACUACAUCAACGACGACCAGAAAGUGCACUCUAUGCUCACCUCAACGAUCAACGCUGUCAAGAAAGUUCUCAAAAAAAACAAUGAUGACUUUGAGAUGACUUCUUUCUGGCUGGCUAACACUAGUCGACUCCUGCACUGUCUGAAGCAAUACAGCGGAGACGAGGCUUUCAUGACUCAGAACACAUCCAAACAGAACGAGCACUGCCUGAAGAACUUUGACCUGGCAGAGUACCGGCAGGUACUGAGUGAUCUGUCCAUCCAGAUCUACCAGCAGCUCAUUAAAAUAGCUGAGUCCAUUCUGCAGCCCAUGAUCGUGUCUGCGAUGCUGGAGAGUGGAAGUCUGACAGGAGUGAAGCCAAUGGGCUACAGGAACCGUUCCUCCAGUAUGGACUGUGAGACUGGAGGCCCAGGGGGAUACACCCUGGAAGCUCUGAUCAGGCAGCUGGGCCAGUUUAACACCAUCAUGGGGGAGCACGGUUUGGACCCAGAGAUUGGUCAGCAGGUCAUCCGCCAGCUUUUCUACUCAAUCAACGCCGUCACACUCAACAACUUACUGCUGCGCAAAGACGUCUGCUCCUGGAGCACCGGCAUGCAGCUCAGGUACAACAUCAGUCAGAUGGAGGAGUGGUUAAGGGGGAGGAACCUACACCAGAGUGGAGUGAUGGCCACUAUCGAGCCCCUGAUCCAAGCAGCCCAGCUUCUGCAAGUCAAGAAGAAGACGUCCCAGGAUGCUGAGGCUAUCUGCACUCUGUGCUCUGCACUCACCACACAACAGAUUGUGAAGAUCCUCAAUCUUUACACCCCCCUGAAUGAGUUUGAGGAGCGGGUCACUGUGUCAUUCAUCAGAGACAUACAGAACCGGCUCCAAGACAGAAUAGAAAACAAACAGCUCCUGGUGGACACCAAGCACACGUUCCCCGUGCUGUUCCCCUACACUCCUUCAGCCCUGAGUCUGGAGACCAUACACAUGCCUGCAUCACUCAACCUGGACUUCCUUGUGCGAGUCUGACCUGUCUGUCGUUGUUUUUGUAUUUUUCUGAACUGCUCCAUCCAAGCAGACCUGCAGGAGAUCAGCCCCAGCGCAGCCCCACUAACCAGCAUAUAUAAACACCUGGCAUGGACGCAGCAGCAGCAGCCACUGACCUAGUCUAUCUGGCGGACUAAUUUCAGUGUUGUGAGGCCUUCUGCUUUCUAAUGUGUGUGUAAAAAUGGAGCUCUACGGCGUGGAGGCGUGGCUUAGGAGAUCUGAUGGUACUGACACGAACACUGACAACAUUAACGAGCUACAAUGCAGCUCUAACAGAUUUGACUGUCUUUCCUCUGUAACUGUUGUAUAUCGUUCUUUGCCGACAAAUUAAUUAUAAAAAAGGCUAUUUUCUCUGGACUGGGAUGCAUACUUUACAUACCUUUCUGUAAAGUGGCUGUUUCUUCUUCCUUCUUUUUUCCUUACAAGUGAUCAGCAGAUCUACCCUCUCAGUGGCCGCCUGCUAACAGCAGAAGCAGGAGGAACCCCUGCAUUGCAGUAGCUGCUGUCCGUGACUCACUCUGUCCAAAUGAAGCCCACACUUUUUCUUUUUUCCUUUUUUUGUGGCCGGCAGUGAAUCCUUUUCUCUGGAAGGUCCACACAGCAAACUCCAGCAGGCUGAGGCUUCUGAAGAGACGAAGCCUGAAGCCGUUAUGUCACAGCGCCAGCCCUGUGCCACAAACAAACAAAACACAGAGACAUCAGGAGCAGGAUUAGUAAGAGAGUGGUAAACCAAAGUUGAAUGAAUGUUGGUGAUGUGGAGGUCAGUUGUGGGAGACUAUGGGAGAUAUGAGAUCAUAUGUAUUACGUUCUCCUUCUAUUCUAUCUCAGAACAGAAAGGAACAUAAGGGGAGAGGUAAAAAAGAAAAGAUGUAAAAGGGAAAGUUGUACAUGUUGAAUGGAAGGCAUUUGUAAGUGUAAACAGAGGCACUACAGGUAGAAAUUUAUUUAAAAAUGAAGGAAUAAUUCCAGAAUUACAAAAAGAAAAGAAAGUUAUACCUAGAAUCCCACAGCAAUAACAGCAAAACAAAAAAAAAAGUUUUCUAAUAAACAAACAAUAUUUUACAGAAUCUCCACAUAAUCUUUUAUACUCAUAUUGUAUGUACUUCAUACCUGUAAUACCAACCUGCCAACAGGACUUACUGAUAAAUACUUGUGCAUAAUGUAACUCUACCAGGUUUUUGGCUCAAAACUCUUGAGUUUCUUUGUAUAAUUAUGAAUUAUGUCUUUUUCGACAUAUAAAGAAUGCCCUGUGUACUUUACCCACUCUAAUGCAGCAAUGAGUUUUGACUUUUUUUUUUUUUUAAGUUUAAGAUUUUCAACAUUUUAUUAACAGUCUCAUCAUACUGUAUAUUCAUCAGUAACAGCAACGAUUGUGUGGGAAUCUGUCUGUGAGCUCUAAACCACUUCCAAUGCCAAUAAAGAAAACCAUUGUGGAUUGUU